AAUUUCCUUCCCUCCCUCCCUCUCUCUCUUUCUUUUUUUUUCUUCUUAUUUAUUUUUCCUUUUUUAGAAUUGGACAUCCUUUCUGUUCAAGAAAAUAAAAAAAGGAAGAAAAAGGACUCGAGAUAACAUAGACAUAGGACAAAGAAGUAGACGUCAGCAAUCAUGUUCUUCAUAACAGAGGCAUUAUCCUGGGCCACUGGGGUGCCUGAACCCACAUUACGCCUCCUGACAACGUUGAUGCUGGCCUAUCCUGUCGCUAAUUUUUACAACAAGCUCUAUAUCCGACCUCUCCUGAAUAAUCAGCCUAUCAAGACAACCGAGAGUGACCGAAACAGCUUUAUCCUCUUGUCUGGUCUUGCUCUUGCCUUCUACUACAACGGCAGAGCAAUCUACCACUCGCUUGUCACCGUCGCCGUGUCUUAUGCUAUCUGCUAUCUCGGCGACCAUUUCCAGGACCGUCGACUUGCCACCGCUGGUGUCUGGGUGUUCAACACUGCCUAUCUGUUGCUUGGCUACUACUUCACCAGCUCAGACGACUAUGAUAUCUCCUGGACCAUGACCCAGUGCAUUCUCUGUCUGCGUCUGAUGGGCUUCAGUUUUGAUUUCCAAGACGGAGCCGAUGCCGAAGCACUUGCUGCUUCAGAAGCCCCAAAAACCGGAAACCCCUUGCCCUUGUCAUUUGCCAAUGACACGCCUCUGAAGGAGCUCCCAGAGUUUGCCCAGGUUCUUGCAUACACCUUCUUCCCUUCCGCAUUUUUGGUCGGUCCCCAAUUCUCGUUCUCGCUCUACAAGCGCUGGUUGAAGGCUCCUUAUGGUGGAAAGCCAGUUUCUGAGUGGGAGGAGACCCAGAAGGCUCAGCUGAUGUAUAUGUACCGCUGCGUGGGAUUGGCAAUCUUAUACCUUGCCGUCCAGCAAGUCAUUGGAUCCCAGUAUCCUACCUCAUACCUCUUGACAGACGAUUACGCGGCCUUACCCCUUUUCAAGCGUUUGUUUAUCUUCUGGAUGGCCGGUCGUUUCACAUUUAACAAGUACAUUGGUGUCUGGAUGUUGACUGAAGGUGCGUCUACUCUGUUUGGAAUUUCGUACGACGGUGAAGAUAAGGAUGGACAAGCACGUUUUGAUGGCCUGGCCAAUGCUCUUCCUAAUGUAUACGAAUUAACUACCACCAUCGACAAUGUGAUUGCAUCGUUCAAUAUCAAUACCAACCUGUGGGCAAAGUACUACGUGUUCAAGCGUCUUCGUUUCCUCGGUAACAAGAACAUCUCCCAGUUCGCAACCCUCGGCUUCUUGGCUAUCUGGCACGGCUUCCACAUCAUGUACUUUGUUACCUUUGCACUCGAGUUCCUCUACAUCCAAUGCGAACUCGUGCUCCGCCGCCGCAUUGUGCCCAGUGUCAAGCCUUUGACCAGCCGUAACGACAUCUACAAGGCCGUAUGGAAGGUCGUUGCCUGGUUGACCUGUACCUCAACCACCAGCUAUGCCGUAGUUGGAUUUGAUCUUCUCAAGGUAGGAAAGGCAUGGACUGCAUACAAGAACGUGUACUUUAUUGGACACCUUGCUAUCGUGAUCAUCCUCGGUGUAAAUGCUCUGUUGGGCAAGCCUUCUCGUCCAUUGAAGAAGAAGAUCAUGUAAAUUAUAGACCAAACCUAAAAACAAACAAACAAACAAAAGCAACAAAAUAUUGUCUUUACUAUUACUAUUAUUACUGUCACUGUUAAUAUUGUUUUAUUCAUUAUUACUACCAUCACAUUAUAAAUUUCCAUCUUUCCUCUUCCUCUUUCAUACUCUCCCACUCCAAACCACCCCUUACUCUCCCUUAUAUAUAUAUAUAUAUUUCUCUGUUUUUCAUAUAUAAAAUAAUUAUAUAAAUGAGUACAUCCGCCCGCAUGAAUGUUUCUCCCUUGC